CCCUGCCCCGCUUUGCGGAGCCUCCUCGGCCUGCGGAGCUCCCCUCUGUCUGGACCCCGGCCCCACCUCCCGACCUUUUUAUCACAUCACCUCCCCUGGGAGCCCGCCCUGAUUGCCUUCACAUCAUUUCUUGAAAGCUGGUGUCUGGGCAGCUAACUGUGCAAAUGCCCUAGGGGUGUGCUGUUGGGAGGGGCACAGCCCCCUGUGAUGCCGAACUCCACGCUCAGAUUCACCAGUUCCAGCCACCUGAGGCCCUGCUGCCCCGGGGACCAUGUUUAACGGGGAGCCGGGUCCAGCCUCAGCUGGAGCCUCCCGAAAUGUGGUGCGGAGCUCCAGCAUCAGUGGUGAAAUCUGCGGAUCCCAGCAAACCGGAGGCGGGACCGGGACCACCACCGCCAAGAAGCGACGCAGCAGCCUGGGUGCCAAGAUGGUGGCCAUCGUGGGCCUGACCCAGUGGAGCAAGAGCACACUGCAGCUCCCCCAGCCAGAGGGGGCCACCAAGAAGCUGCGCAGCAACAUCCGCCGGAGCACGGAGACGGGCAUCGCCGUGGAGAUGCGGAGCCGGGUGGUGCGCCAGGGCAGCCGCGAGUCCACCGACGGGAGCACCAACAGCAACAGCUCCGACGGCACGUUCAUCUUCCCCACCACCCGGCUUGGAGCAGAAAGCCAGUUCAGCGAUUUCCUGGAUGGGCUGGGGCCAGCUCAGAUUGUGGGCCGGCAGACACUGGCGACACCACCCAUGGGAGACGUGCAUGUUGCCAUCAUGGACCGGAGUGGCCAGCUGGAGGUGGAAGUGAUUGAAGCUCGGGGCCUGACCCCCAAACCAGGCUCCAAGUCCCUCCCAGCCACCUAUAUCAAGGCUUACCUGCUUGAGAAUGGGGCCUGCCUGGCCAAAAAGAAGACAAAGGUGGUGAAGAAGACGUGCGACCCCCUGUUCCAGCAGGCUCUGCUCUUUGACGAGGGGCCCCAGGGCAAGGUGCUGCAGGUGAUUGUCUGGGGAGACUAUGGCCGCAUGGACCACAAGUGCUUCAUGGGCAUGGCCCAGAUCAUGCUGGACGAGCUGGACCUGAGCGCCGCUGUCACCGGCUGGUACAAACUCUUCCCCACCUCCUCCGUGGCAGACUCCACGCUUGGAUCCCUCACCCGGCGCCUGUCCCAGUCCUCCCUGGAGAGUGCCACCAGCCCUUCGUGCUCCUAAGGACAUCAGGCAGAGAGAGCGGUGGUUAGGGUGCCUGUUGGCCCCUCCCCUGUACAUAGUCUUCGUGUCUUUCCGGACCCCGUCCCCGCUGCAUGCCUGCUGGCUCCUGGGCUGUCCCAGCUGGCAGUGGGGUGUGUGCGUGUAUGUGUGCGUGUCUGUGUCUGUGUGUGACCAUGUUGUAUCUGUUCCCUUGUCUGGUAUGGUCAGUCCUGGUGACUACACGCCUGAAACCCAUGUCUCUAUCUCGCUGAAAAGAAACCCAAAGGAGUGUUGUGUGUUCACGGCUCACCCAGAGGAGUCUCCAGGGGUGGCAGUGGGGAUGCGGCCGUGGGCCAUCCUGCCUGGGCCCGAGCUCAGGGCAGAGCCUAGGGGCUCCCCACCUGUGCCUCCUCUCGGUGGUCCUCCGCUGAGUUUCCGUCUCGUCUCAGUCACACCCUUCACCUGUCCCAGCACUGCUGCUCUUUCUUGAGGAAUGUAGCACCCCCGCAGCUGGCCCCCGAGGCCCCACCACCCACCUCCACUCCCCUGCCGAGCAGCCCUGGCCGCUCUUCGCUCUUCCCACCAAACGCAUUCUGCUCAUCAGCCUGGGCCCAGCCCUGGAGGCAGGAGCUGCCUUCUCUGGGACUGGGACCCCUCCUUCCUACAAGCGAAGCACAGGAGGGCUCAGCUCCCAGGGCGGGCAGCCAGCCCCCAUCAAGGGUGCCCGGAGCCUCCCAGCGCGGGUCACCUCCUCUCUCUCCAUAAGCUUCCUCACACCAACAGUGAAGGAGCUCUCCCCUGGGCCCGGGGUCGGCCUCAGAGGGCUUGCCCCCUGCCAGAACAGCCAGCCUCCCCGGGCCCUCCAGGCUCGUCCCUGGUGGGACAGAACUCAGUAUGGAGGUGCUGGGGCAGGGGAUUAGCUGCAUGAAGCUGCUCAUCUGGGGCUCUAUUUUUUGCUCAUUUCCAAACCAGGGUCCCUGCCUGGGAGCUCGGAGCCACAUGGGCUCCAGCCUCCUGACUCCUGGCUCCUGGCUCCAGGGGCGGCCCAGCUCUAGACUCUAGUCGAUAGUCACCAGCCCUGCACAAGCAAUACUCACCCCUGCCUCCCUGCACUCCGCCACCGCCCUCCCGAUCAGCCCGCUCCCGGCACCUCACCUGUCUCCGCUUCCUGCCCCACCCUCAUCUGGCUGGAGCGUCUCACAGCCACUCAGGCCAUGCAGACUGGGCAGCUGGCCCUGUCGGCGGGACCGUGCCUGGACUGCACCUGGGAGAUGUCUGCGAGGAACCCUGAAGUCUGACUCGGGGUGCCCAAAUCUGACCUGCGACCUCAGUUCUAGGUUGACAGUGAGGCUGCCCAGGAGGUAGACAGGGCUGCCGUUGGGUACGUGUCAGGUGGGAGAGAAGAGGGCAUUUUCUGGCAGGGAUCUGUACUGGGCUGAGGCCAGAAUCUUUGGCAACUAGGGGAAGAAGCCAGGACCCCACUGGUCCUGCCUACAGGCAGAAAGUGGGUAAGGACAGGAAGGUGACUGAAGCCCCUGGUCCUGUCGUUUCGGAGAGGACCCCGUGGGCACGGACAGACUGGGCCGGGUGCUCUCUAGGCAGAGGUGGCUUGGGAGAGCACGCACUUCUGCUCCUAAAAUGGGACAGAGGGCUCUGUACUCUCUGACCCUAGUGGGGAGACAGGGAAGAAACUUGCUUGCAAAAGGGUAUUUUUACCUCCUGAUGGCGGUAUGCUCGUCCCAGGGUGGUGUACCUGUGGGGCGCUGGGUUGUGGGUGACCCAGGUUUGCUGAUGGAGCACCAAGGCGUGACCUCAGAGCAUGCAGCCACCCCGGGGAGGGGGGGGCUCAACGCCCUCCUCCUAGGGCUCCAGGAUGAUAGAGGGAGGCAGGGGGCUGUUGGCUGAAAGGGGCUGCAGUGCCCUUUGCCUCUCGGGGAGGGUCUAGUCAGAGGGGCCUGAUGUGCCGGUAAUGGGAUGACCCGCCUGCAACGCCAGGAGACGAGCCACCCCACUAUCCCACCUCUCUAAUGGAAGGGGAUCCCCCCCCCCAAAUUGACCUUGGGGAAUUAUUUAACGCUGCAAACACGUUACCAAACCCCACUGGAUCUUCCCCCGUGAGGAUUAAGUUGUGAGGUUGACAAGUCUGUGUGAUGGAGACGGGCUGGAUCUGAAGGCGUUUCUCAGCCUCCUGGGAGCAGGGCUUACCUGAGAGGCCGCUCAGAGCUAGCCUGACCCAGAAGAUGAGUGUACGGUGUGAGUCCUGACCACCGCUGGGGUGAGAGGAAAGGUGGGGGAGGAAGGAACGGGAUCCCUCCCGAGUCCUCCCUCCCCUGGGCCAACUCACUGCCUGGCUCAGUGUCCUGGCUCCAAAUGCCCCAGCCCAGGUGGAACCCAGCAGCGGUGGUCACAGGACGGGGCUCUGUCAUCCUAUCUCCCCUUGGUCAGGCGGGUUCUCGGGGAAUGUGGCAGAGACGGGAGUGGCCCUGCAGUGAUGCUGGGCUGUGGGCAGAGAGUGACGGAUGACUCAGAGCAUCUGUCUUCACAGGCAUGCUCCAUCCGUCUGCCCCACUUCUCAGACGCCUUCCCUACAGGGAAGUCCGCAAAGGGCCUUUGGUAUGAGCAGGCUCCAGGAAAUGGGGCCAGAUCUUGGUUUGAUGAGGGGGAUUUAAUCCUUCAGGGAUGAACUAUCUUUGAAACCACACUGCCCCUCCAGCCCCUUCUCCCACAGUUCCGCUAGGAAAGGAACACUUAGAAGACGGCCGUGUCCGGCAAGUCCAGGCAAGGCUGGUGUUUCCUGGGGCUGAGCCAGAACCCAGGCGCUCCGGAGAGGGGGCACCCACACAGCCCAUCGCCUGUGGAUUUGCUGCCAGUUAGAGUCUGAGGGGGAGCCUGUCCUCCCAGGGCUGUGACACCCACCCAGGACGCAUGCCGGAGCUCUUUACUGCCAGCUUGAGGACAGCAGAAGCCUCCACUUUUAAAGACAAUAGAACUCUCCAAGGGGACCUCCUUGGAAAUGAAAUGUAGCACAAUCUCAGACUGCGUUAUCUGCCGGGACCCCUGACAUGCACCUGGGGUCCUUCCUCCAUGCCCUGCUGCCCAGGAGAUGCUGCACCCUGUCCCCCUGGGGUUCUAGAGCUCCCGAUACCUCACAGUCCCCAUCCUCCUUGGCCCAGAAAGCAGCAGAGCUUUAGAAAGGCUGCUCUCCCACGUUUCCCCAAUCGCUCCCACACUGUGCAAACUCCGUGCAAGCAACUGCUGCCUUUGCUCGAUACUGUCCGAGCUGCUCUCCACCGGGGUGGAGAGGGCUGGCACACCGUUCAGGGCCAGGAGGUUGUCCAGCAGUACUUCCGCAGUGGCUGCAGGGAGAUGGAGAAGAGGCCUGCUUCCCUGCCUCCUCCUCCCUUUCUCUUCCUCUCCUCGGUUUUCUUCCAUACCCUGAUGCUGCCUCCUCCGCUGGACUGUCUUUCGCUGGGUGACCGGGGAGGAGGAGAACCUACAGACUUGUGCCCUGCCUACUCCUCAAGUCUGCUUUUCACUCAGGUCAGAGGUGAAUGAGGCAAGUCAGAACAGUGGUGACUAGAGCAGGGGAGCCCUGCACAGGGGUGAGGCCUGGUGGGGCUGGACUGGCCUGGCCUGGCGGGAAAGGGUUCAUUUUGAAAGAGUGCCUCUCAGAGCAAUGUCAGUGACGCCAAAGAGAGCGACUUGGCCUCCAGGGGCACCGCCCUGCUGGGUGAGCUGCACACACGUGGCUCCGGUGUUGGCGUGCCCAGUGGUGGAGCCUUGUUCUCUGACAAAGGGCUUAAUCUUUCCAUGUAGCAAAGCAACUCCCCCUUCUUCCCCUCAACCCUGAGCUUGGGCUUUUGUGGGCCCAGCAUGGCUGUGCCUGUGAGGGAAGCCACAUUGGUGAGAGAAAUUGGCAUUCUCUCAGGGGCCUAGGCUGGCCAGGGCAGGUGCUCACUGAAAGGCAUGUGUGCUGCUGCUUUGCAGAACCUUCCAAGGCUCUGGCUGUAAACGUGGCCAGGAAGCACAGGGUCUUGGGCCUCCCCAGGAGUUCACAGAUGCCAGGAAGGGUCCCUGUGCCUGGGUUCCAGACAGCUCUGCUAACAGAGAUGGGGCUGGGAAUCGCAGGGACAAUGGAGCACUGCCCCCUCAGCCAGUGACCCAGAUAGGGGCCGCCGGCUAUAGGAAUCACAGGCUGGGUUCCACACAGGUUUGUCAGAAACUGACCUCGUGCAAGACUCCUCUCCUUCUCUGGAUCUCGGUUUCCUCGUCUGUGAAAUUAGAGCGUUCCUUGGUUGCUCCAUAGUCCCCUCCAGGCUUUCCAAAUCUUUGAUCUGGAGCGGAUGAGGAGUGCUAGCCUGGUGUACUCGGCACCCGGUUCCUCCAGACCUUGGUGCCCAAGCUGGGCGCAGGUCCUAAUCUGGUCCACGCUCAGAUGCUGCUUCUGACUAGAACUCUGGGAAUCCUAACGGACUCUGCUUUCCCCUCAUGGCUUUUACUCUCGUGUUGUGAGGAGGAAUGAUCGAGGCUUGUCUCCACGGGACAGUUUCCAAGGUGCUGAUGUGCUGGCAUGCCCUCCGCUGCAUCGUGUGGGUCAGUGUCCCCAACAGCAGAUGAGGCUGGGUCAGUCCCUUCUGCGUCCAGAUGGCCUCACGGGAAAGCUGGAGAUCUGUGGAUUCUAAAGGAGAUGCUCUGUGACCGGGGGAGGGAACUGACUUUCCUUGCAAGUAUUUUGCUUCUUCAAACCACUCUUCCCUCCCAAAUGCUGUUCCCAGACACCAUCUCAGAAGGCAGAGUGGCUGCUUCCUUAGGGAAGGUGGGCCUGGUAGUUCUGUCAACCCCCUCAGCACGCCAGCUCCCAGCAGGCAGGAACCCCCGUUUCUAGAACUUCCCUGUGCACCCUACGAAGAGCUCGCUGACAGGGACUGACAAGCACACCGUUAGAGAAGCCUCCAGAGCGCCUUUUCUAUCUGCUCUGCACAUGCUCCAUGUGCCGCGUCUUUCCCACACUCGGUUCCUGAGUGGCGGGGGGACAGCUGGGAGGGGCUGCUGGCUGUCGCGUACAAGUUCUUGCCAAUUUCCUUGAGGAGAAACUUCUUCACCUGGCUUCUGCAUGUACAGUAUUUGGGCAGCAAAAAAAGAUUAAAGUCAGUUUGAAAACGG